AUGCAGGGAGUGUGGGUUCGUGAGGUUUUAACGUUUGGUCCUUUUCUUCUAUGCUCAGGGUUGUGUCUGGGGCAGGUGACACAAGCUCAGAACGGCCCACUGCCCAAGCCCUCCCUCCAGGCCCAGCCCAGCCCCCUUGUGCCCCUGAAGAAGCCGGUGACAAUCCGCUGCCUGGGGCCUCCGGGUGUGGACGUGUACCGCCUGGAGAAACUGAGAACCCGAAAGUACAUGGACCAGGCCAUCCACUUCAUUCCGGCCAUGAGAACAGACGACGCUGGACGCUACCGCUGCUCCUACCAGAAUGGGACCCGCUGGUCACCCCCCAGUGAGCAGCUGGAGCUGAUUGCCACUGGAGUUUUCAGCAAGCCCUCGCUCUCAGCCCAGCCAAGCCCGGCAGUGUCCUCAGGAGGGGACGUGACCCUGCAGUGUCAGAGCCAAUAUGGCUUUGACCAAUUUGCUCUGCACAAGGAGGGGGACACUGGGCCCUACAAAGGACCGGAGAGGUGGUACCGGGCCGAUUUCCCCAUCGUCACGGUGACUGCUGCCCACAGCGGAACCUACCGAUGCUAUAGCUAUUCCAGCGGAUCCCCAUACCUGUGGUCGGCCCCGAGCGACCCCCUGGAGCUUGUGGUCACAGGGACCUCUGUGACCUCAGGCCACUUACCCAAAAAACCACCUUCCUCCAUCACAGAAUUCCCAGAAGCCUCCAGAAAACUGAACAUCUUACUCAGGAACAAAGUCUCCACAACCAAGCCUUCUAGGAAUAUCACCGUCUUUCCAGAUGGGUCAGGCACUCCAGCUGGUCUUGCCCACCAGAACUACACUAAGGGCAAUCUGGUCCGGAUAUGCCUUGGGGCAGUGAUUCUAAUACUCCUGGUGGGACUUCUGGCAGAAGAUUGGCACAGCCGAAGGAAACCCCCGAUGCGCUGGGUCAGAGCUGUCCACAGGCCACUCCCACCCCUCCCGCAGACCCAGAAAUCACGUGGUUGUCAGGAUGGGGGUCGACCAGAUGGUCAAAAGCACGGGUGCCACCAUCAGAAUCCCAAGGCUUAAGGGAUAGGUCGUGGGAGUGGAGAGGGGACUUGUGUGGAGUGUGAGAGUGAGAGGCUAGAGACUACAGCUGUGGAAAAGGAGGGCCAGGGCCUCUUCUUGGUGCUCCAUCAAGGAGCUGUUGAAUCAGUGUCUGUUUGGCGCUCUGCCCAAGGACUCCUUUUGUUUGGGAUGGAAGGAAUCUAGUGGAUGUCAAAGUCUCCACAUUGAUAUCUUGCACAUUGUGAAUUUUAUGGCGCCCUAACUGGGCCAUCAUACUUACCUCUUUCUUCAACCUUCUCUAAUAAUAAUAACCUUCUAGAUUGACCUCUCAUAUUCCCAACUCUCACAGCUGACCCUGUUCUAUCCUCUGCACAAAACCUUCCCACAUUUCCCCCUUGCCCACCUGUGCUCUUUUCUGGUUAUCCCCAAAGCUAACCUCUACUCUAACCCUAUCUUAAAAGGCAGUCUGAUAAGUCUCCUUUUGUUUCUCAGAAUGGACCUGCUUCUUUCAGGCUUUUGGGAAUUCUAUUCUUUUUCCCUAGAAUAUGAUAAUCAUAAUUAACAUGUCAAUGGCUUUCCUUCAUAUUAGAAAAAGUCCAAAGUCCUAAACUUGUCCUACAGGCCAGAAUAGGUAAAUCCAUAGAGACAGAAAACAGACUGGUGGUUGCCAGUGGUUUUGGGGAGGAAAGAAUAGGGAGUAAUUAUUUAAUCAAUAUAUUUUUUUUAAAUCUUGGGAUGAUGAAAAUGUUUUGGAACUAGAUAGAGGUGGUGGUUUCAUGACAUUGUGACUGUACUAAAUGCCACCGAAUUGUUCACUUUAAAGUGGUUAGUUUUAUGUUAUAUGAAUUUCGCCUCAAUAAAAAGAAGAAAAAUACCUUGCUCCCUGACAUCUAUGCAUCUCUGCGUGGGGUCACUUGUCCUAGGGAAUGUGGGAGAUCAAGAUUCGGCCACCCUGAAAUCUAUCUUUUUACCGUGGUUGUUUUCUCUAGGGACAUUUGACCUCCCCCACUA